AAGUGUGUUUUAAAUGGCAAAAUAACCAAUACCAUAAUUAAAAUAGUUUGAAUGUAUAACUUAAUUAAAUGCCCCUUCCUCUAGGGAAAUAACCUUUUACACCAUGGAUGUAUGAAUACGGUGGCCGGAACCAAUGACAUCCUCGAGUUCACGUCGGUGACCUUAUGAUGUAGCAACGCAGACAAAUGUCAGGAGCGUGGAAGGACAUCACAAGAGGCAAUCAUGUAUAGAUUUAUAAUCCGGACAGUGUGCGCGUCUCGACAUUCGUCGGUCAGUGUAUUUGAGUCGUGCGUGUCGCCAGCUAAAUGUGACAAGGCUGCAGCUCCAGGUUUAAGGUUUGCAAAUGGAGUUGGAGUCAAAGCUCUCAGCACAAGUUCAAUCAGACUCUGUGAAAAGAAAGAUGAAGUUGCCAACUCUAAUCAAGUUGAGAAAAGAAAUGCAGAUAAAGACACUGAGCCAACAGAACCUCCAGCUGUGGUUACGCAGAAACCUGAAGAUGACAGCAACAUUAUCAAGAUUUCUGAAAGUAGGGAGGAGGAGCCAGUGUUGUUAAAGACAGAUGAGGGAAGUACCACGCAGCGGCAGGUGGAUGUUAAAAUUGAGGAGGUCGUGGAAACGCCAAAACAAGUGAAGACUCAUGCAGCUAAGAGUGGGAAAGAGAGUCUCCUAGACCUUCUUGGAGCCAUGAAGGUGGAAGUAACUAAUAAGAGGAAACUCAAAAACAUGAUCGUGAAGCCAAGUUAUGAGUCUGAACCGAAGUCAAAGCCAGCAGCUAUGGAGAGCACUAUCAGUAUGUUUCAGAAGGCUACAGUGGAGGCUUCAUUGCAGAGAGAGACACUGGAUCCUGAACUGGUUGCAGCUGCAUCUGCUGCUGCCUCCACUCUGCCUGACCGCAGCCAGGCAGAGUCCGAGCUGCUCAGGCAACUGAGGCAGCAUGAGACCAUAACUGAUGCCCAGAAGAAAGGGGACACGAACAACCUCGGAGUUUUAAUUGCUGACAUGAAAGUAGGAAAGAAUCCCAACCGACAUAAUGUUCGGCCAUCUAAUCAGAUCCGUUUUGAUGAUGACGGGCGAGGAUACACACAUGACAGAGGAAUCACUGCUGAGCUCGACAGUGUUCGGAGGAGGAGGAGCUUGUUCUUGGGAAAAAGACUUAACAUCUUCUCUCCCACUACUGAUGAACAUGGAGUUGACUCAACAGUUGAACGGCCAACUCUGUGGGACGUGGACUUUGCUAAUCAGUUGUCUCAGUCGACCAACCACACACCCCGCAACGGGCUUGAGGAAAUGAUCCAGUGGACAAAAGAGGGGAAAAUGUGGCAAUACCCAAUCAACAAUGAAGCUGGCCUUGAGGAGGAAACCAGUGUCCCGUUCCACGAGCACAUCUUCUUAGAGAAACACUUGGAGGAGGGUUUUCCCCGUCAGGGACCAGUGCGUCACUUCAUGGAGCUCGUGGUGGCCGGUCUGUCCAGAAACCCCUAUGUGACAGUCCAACAGAAGAGGGAACACAUUUCCUGGUUCAGAGACUACUUCCACCAAAAAGAGGAAGUGCUGAAGGAGGCUGAUGUUUACCUCAACUGAGCUUAAGACAAUUGCAUACAUGUUAAACAUUUGUUGAGUGUGGACACAUUAACUUAAGUUUGCAUAUAUGAUCAUCUUCACUUAUACAGGUUUGAUUUCUUAACUCUUCCAGGAGGCCUGUUAGAGUGGACUGGCAUCAAGUUUGUGUCCUGGUGUCACACAUUGAACAGUAUGUACUGUCUCUAAAAUGUUGAUCAGACUAUAGAACAACUGUUUCAAUGUUGCUUAUACAGGUGCUUGUACAAAGUAUACAAACAAUAUAAAGAAAAAAAAAAGUACAGGGAUUUUUGCUUAUUUCAUUCAUUGCGUAAUCCAAUGCCAAUGCAGAUGUCAAUAGUGACACAAAUACAUGAAAAGGCAUUUGGAUAUCGGUCUGGAUUUUUUUUGUCAUAUCAAUCCAAUUUUUUGUGUGAUAUGCAGAUGGUAUUAAGUGAUAUGCAAGCUAUGUUGUGUUGAACUAUACUAUAAUUAUAAAUAAAAGGUUUAGUUUUUGA